AUGGGAAUUAGACAUCUUCAUCAACUUCUUGAGGAAUUUGCAUCGUCAUCUAUCAAAUCAUAUGAUAUUGAUCAUUAUUUUGGACGAAAAGUAGCAAUUGAUGCUUCUAUGAGUAUUUACCAGUUUUUAGUUGCAGUUCGUCAAAGAGAUGGACAACAAUUAAUGAAUAAAACAGGAGAAACAACAAGCCAUUUAAUGGGGAUCUUUUAUAGAACAUUAAGGAUGUGUGAUAAUGGUAUCAGACCAUGUUAUGUCUUUGAUGGAACUCCACCUAAAUUGAAAAGUGGCGAGCUUGCAAAACGCUCAGAAAGAAGAGAAAAGGCAGCCAAAUCAUAUCUAGAAGCAAAAGAAGCGGAUUCUAUAGAAGAUAUGAACAAAUUUAGCAGAAGAACAGUACGUAUGACUCGGGAACAUAACGAAGAAUGCAAAAAGUUAUUAAAGCUAAUGGGCAUACCAUAUGUUGACGCACCUUGUGAAGCAGAAGCACAAUGUGCGGCUCUUGCUAAAGCUGGAAAGGUCUACGCUGCUGCAUCUGAGGAUAUGGAUAUACUUUGUUUUUCUACACCUAUAUUACUUCGACAUUUGACUUUUAGUGAACAAAAAAAAGAACCUAUAACAGAAGUUAAUUUAGAAAAAGCAUUAAAAGAGCUAAAUAUGCCACUAGAACAAUUUGUAGAUCUUUGUAUUCUUUUAGGAUGUGAUUAUUGUGAACCAAUUAAAGGAAUUGGUCCAAAAAGAGCGCUCGAGUUAAUUAGAGAAUAUAAAUCUUUAGAUGCAUUUAUAAAUUUUGCUGACAAAUCUAAAUAUCACAUACCCGAAAAUUGGCCAUAUAAAGAUGCAAGAGAACUGUUCUUAAAACCAGAUAUCACUGACCCAGAAACUUUUGAAUUAAAAUGGGAAAGCCCGGAUGCAGAAGGCCUUUUAGAUUUCUUAGUCAAAGAAAAAGGAUUUAGUGAAGAAAGAGUAAAUAAUGGUAUUGUACGAUUAGAAAAGACAUUAAAAUCAGCCCAGCAAAUACGUUUAGAUGGUUUUUUUAAGGCAAAUAAAUUUUAUAAUUUCUUUUAA